AUGGCGGAUGGUUAUUUUGACUUGCGCUUUUAUAACAUUAUAGUUUUAGGUAUUUCUUUUAUGUUAAUUUUUACAGCUUUCCAGACAUGUUCUAUGGUAGAGAAAACUGUCCUAGACAGUGCAGCAAAAAAUGAAAACUUCACUGGAAAUGGUUAUACAAGCUUGGGUAUCCUUUAUGCUGUGUUUUCCAUUUCCAACUGGGCAGCACCUUCCUUUGUCUGUUUUGCAGGGCCAAGGGUAUCCAUGUUUGUCGGAUCAUUAUUUUACUUCCUCUUUGUAUUGUCGUUCCUGAAACCUAUGGUAUGGUCCCUCUACUUAGGAUCAGUUCUCGUUGGUUUUGGAGCAGCCAUUCUAUGGACAGCACAAGGAACAUUUUUUACUAUCAAUUCUGACUCACAAACCUCGGCACGAAACAGUGGCAUUUUUUGGGCUCUCUCACAAUGCAGUCUUCUGUUUGGGAACCUGUACUGCUACUUUGUCUUCAAAGGACAGUCAACAAUAACAGAUACUGAACGCACAAACUUAUUCUUGGCUCUCAGUGCAGCUGGUUUAGCUGGCAGCCUGUGUUUGCUGGCGCUGCGGAGGCCGAGGAUUGUCAGCAGUGAUGAUGCUCUUAAUUUGAAUGCAAGUGUUGCACGCUCUCCGGACACACCACUAACGGCCCUAAAAAAGGCCUUUGCCCUGAUGAAGACAAAGGAAGUGCUGCUGUUGUGCCUCAUGUUUGCAUAUACAGGUUUGGAGAUGACAUUUUACAGUGGUGUUUAUGGAACCAGUGUCUCUCAUAACUUACAUUUUGGGAACAAUGCAAAUGGACUUUUGGGAAUCAGCGGCAUUUUCAUUGGUGUUGGAGAGAUUGUGGGUGGUGGUUUCUUUGGAAUGAUGGCCAAGAAAACUAACAAGCAUGGCCGUGAUCCAAUCAUUGUACUGGGAUAUGUAGCACAUAUUGUAGCCUUUUACAUUGUCUUUCUUAAUCUUCCCGCAUCAUCCCCUAUUGAGGACACACUGGGGCCAACUUAUAUAACAUCAAAUGAAUAUUUGGCCAUUGUAGCAAGUUUCCUACUUGGUUUUGGAGACAGCAGUUUCAACACUCAAAUUUAUUCUUUAAUCGGAACCAUGUUUCCUGAGGAUAGCUCAGCAGGAUUUGCUAUAUUUAAGUUUAUGCAGUCAGUUACCGCUGCUGUUGGCUUCUACUACAGCAAUGUGCUGCUGCUCCAGUGGCAGCUUCUGAUUUUAGUGAUUUCUGGAACAGUAGGGAUUGCUGGUUUCAUCUUGGUAGAGUGGGGCAUUGCACAUGUCACUAGAUCUGGUUACGAGCAGAUUUGA